UUUCUGACAUUCUAACUUCAAAGCGUGAGCGUACAGACGUAAAUUCAACACGUAGUAUUUCAAAGCGUUCGAGAAAUAGUCAUUUGUGGAGAAAUUUGCAAGCAUGACAGAUAGCAAGAACGAAAAGGCAAAAGUCGAUCUUGGAUUACUUGAAGAAGACGAUGAAUUCGAGGAAUUUCCUGCGGAAGAUUGGACCGCGAAGGAUGAAGAUAGCGAGGAUAUCAGUGUUUGGGAGGAUAACUGGGACGAUGACGACGUUGAAGAUGAUUUCAAUCAACAGCUAAGAGCACAACUAGAGAAACAGAAAGCAAAUGAAACAACCAAGGAAAGUUAAUUAGAUAGUAAUACAUUUAAUUUUAUUAUCUUAUAUAAUAAACAUGUAAUUAAAUAUUAAGUCUGUGUAUAUGUCUAAAUCUUAUAUUACUUCUUGCAAUCUUUGGAAUGUAAUAAUAAAGCUGUAACUUGUAUACUUUGUAUAAUAUGCACCGUAUGUUUUGCAGAAAUAUUUUCUGUAAAAUGCAGAAAAUGCAAUUUUUUUGUGUGUACAAAAUUUAAUUAUUAAAUAUAAAUGCGUAGUAUAAUUCCAGAAAUGCAUAUAGUGCCUUUCCAUAAGUGACUCGUUUCAUCUUGUUUAAUUGUUAGGAGCCAUUAUUCUCUAAUGGAACAAAUACUUGGCAUAUCUUAUUGUAAAUGUAUAAUCAGGUACAGUCUUUAUUUUAAAAAGUCUGUCGGUUUUUGCGAAAUGUAAACAGUCAACACAUAUAUUCUACAUAUAUAUGGCACACAUCAAUUUUUUUACAUAAAUAUUUUGAUAUAUCUUAAUGAUUCCCACAUUAAGAGAGUAAAACAAUGUAUAAAUCUUGCAAAUUACUAAACGAUUUUUUGUCUAAAGGACUGAAUAAAAAUUGAAA